AUGGAGCAAUUCCUUGGGAAAAAAUACAAACUGGUCUCUUCGGAGAACUUCGACGAAUAUCUCAAGUUCAUACGACUUGGGGUUUCCCAAAAAUUAAAUAGAGCGAUUGAGUCGGUUUCGUUUUUGGAGCGCAACGCUGACGGCAGCUACACAUUCUCCGUGACGUCACCCAUCAAGUCAAGCAUCGUCACCUUCAGGGAGGGCGAGGAGUUUGUUGAGAACAGACUCGAUGGAGCCAAGGUGAAGUCGACUGUAACCAUAGAAGGAAAUAAACUGAUUCAGAAACAAGUAGAAGAUAACGGGAGGAUAACAACCAACUUGCGGGAAUUCACGCAAGAGUUCAUGGUCGUGACAACCACAGCUGAAGGCUGGGACGGCAAAUGUGUGAGAACUUACAAAGUGAUUGAGUGAAUGUAUAUGUGUGCCU